GAGGAGGCAAAGGUCACCCACCGGGGCGGCUGCCACUGCGGUGCUGUGCGUUUCGAAGUGGUGGCGCCAGCGACUCUGGUGUGCUACGACUGCAACUGCUCCGAUUGUCGGAUGCGGCGGAACCUGCACUUUGUGGUGCGCAAGCCCGACCUCCGGUUCGUGCAGGACACGGCCGGUGGCGCUGCGGGCGCGGCCGCCCUCUCCGAGUACCGCUGGGGCACCGGCGCGGCGCGGCAUCUAUUCUGCUCGCGCUGCGGCGUGACGCCUCUUUACGUGCCGCGCUCGAACCCGAACGGAUGGGCCGUCACCUUUCAGUGCCUCGAUCCUGGCACCUGCAGCGCCGUCGAAGUGCGUCAGUUCGACGGGGUGCACUGGGAG